AUGGGUUCGUGUGAUUCAGAGGAGUUGAUGUCGCUGACUGUGAUGAUUAACAGGGAGUUCCUGGUGAUCUGUUAUGAGAAGGGUAUGAUGCAGAUUUGGGGUUUGAGAAGUAUUGCAGAUGGAGAGGAUGGUGGCGCUGUUCAAAAGGAUAAGCAAUUGACAGCCGCUGGUUCUAGCAAAACCAAUUCGGGCAAGAGCGAAUCAGCGACCGAUGAAUCUGAAGAGAAGAAGAGGCCAGAGUAUGAAGGACCCGAUCCUGAGUUGGCGGCGAUGCUUGAGAGAGAUGUCUUGGAGACCAGUCCAGGAGUUAGAUGGGAUGAUGUUGCUGGACUUAAAGACGCCAAAAGACUUUUGGAGGAAGCUGUUGUUCUUCCUUUAUGGAUGCCCGAGUAUUUCCAGGGAAUCAGAAGGCCAUGGAAAGGUGUGCUUAUGUUUGGUCCGCCUGGUACUGGAAAGACACUCUUAGUUAAGGCAGUUGCUACAGAGUGCGGCACAACAUUUUUCAAUGUUUCCUCUGCUACUUUAGCUUCAAAAUGGCGUGGGGAGAGUGAACGUAUGGUUCGGUGUUUGUUUGAUCUGGCCAGAUCUUACGCACCAAGCACAAUCUUCAUCGACGAGAUUGAUUCUCUUUGCAAUUCCAGAGGGGCAUCAGGGGAGCAUGAAUCUUCGAGAAGGGUGAAAUCGGAACUUCUUGUACAGGUAGAUGGAGUCAAUGCAAGCACUCCUGGCGAUGAUGGUGCACGCAAAAUAGUGAUGGUCUUGGCAGCUACCAACUUUCCAUGGGAUGUCGAUGAGGCUCUUAGGUUCGCAAAAAUUGUUCGAUCCAACAUCUGAGACUGAACCUGAUUUUGAUUUGGAUAUUAAAGAUGACGUUCAAGAUGAAGUUUCAAAGUUUGGGACAGUAAAACAUAUUUUUGUGGACAAUAAUAGUGCUGGGCAUGUGUACUUGCGGUUUGAUACUACAACAUCAGCCAUGAGUGCGCAGUGUGCUCUUCAUGGGAGAUGGUUUGCUGGGAAGAUGAUAACUGCAGCAUACAUGGUUAAUUGAAUGAUGCUUUGUUGUGAGAUCGGAAAGGUUGGAGAACAAAGCAGCAAAGCAGCAGCCAUUAGGUCCCUUGGCAGCUGCAAGAUUUGUAAGUUAUAAUGUAGUAUCUCCUUAUAGAGAUUUAAGUUGGAAGAACUUAGGAAUUUCAGAACUUUAUACAAACUGAACUUAGGAACUAAGUAAGUUUAUGUGUAUGUCCAUUAAAUGAAUGACAUAGUUUGUAUCAAAUACUCAUACUUGUUGUUAACUUCAAUUGAAGAAUUCUUUUUUCAUAAUGGUGAAUGUGGAAAUGAAAGUGAA